CACAACUUAUCCAUAUGUCAACAUGGAAGAAAAAUCGAUUACGAGAAAGAGACUCGAUUAUAACAACAAGCUCAUCCUGGCGCCUAUGGUGCGCAUCGGAACUCUUCCCAUGCGUUUGCUCGCCUUGGACUAUGGCGCGGAUAUAGUGUACACCGAGGAAUUAAUUGACAGAAAACUACUUCGUUCGAUUCGUCGAGAGAAUGAUGUCUUAGGCACUGUUGAUUACAUUGAUAAGACAGAUGGUACUAUAGUGUUUCGUACUUGUUCUCGGGAACGAGAACAUGUUGUUCUUCAAAUUGGUACAUCUGAUCCAGCAAGAGCCGCUCAAGUCGCUUGUAUGGUGGAAAAUGAUGUUGCAGGCAUAGACGUUAAUAUGGGUUGUCCAAAGAAAUUUUCGAUACUUGGAGGAAUGGGUGCAUCUCUUCUUCGCGAACCACAGAAAGCGACCGAUAUUUUACGGAAACUGAUCGAGACAGUAACUAUACCGAUUACUUGCAAAAUACGCAUUUUGCCUGAUCUCGAGGAAACUCUUCUACUUUGCGAUAUCCUUGCCUCCACUGGUAUCGCAGCUAUUGCUGUCCAUGGUCGUACUAUUGAGGAAAGACCACAGCAUCCUAAUCGCAACCAUGUUCUCAAACAAAUUUCUGCUAGACUUUCGAUACCAGUUAUUGCCAAUGGUGGAUCUAAAGACAUUCAAAAACAUUCCGAUAUAUUUAGAUUUAAAAAAGAAACAGAUUGUAGUAGCAUAAUGCUUGCUCGCGCCGCUGAGUGGAAUUGCUCAGUAUUUCGUAAAGAAGGUUCUCUUCCGAUGGAAAAUGUUAUAAAGUCGUAUUUAAAGCAUGCAAUUAAUUGCGACAAUUCACCUUCUAAUACAAAAUAUUGCAUACAGAAUAUUCUACGGGAACUUCAGGAAUCUCCUCUAGGCAAAAGAUUUCUCAAUGCACAAACACUGGAACAAAUAUGUCAAGUGUGGAGAUUAGAUGAUUAUUGUCGAUCCAAAAGUGAAGAAUUUCAGGCUAAAGGUUUAUUAGGUCGUUUUCAAGUAAUGCCGGGAAUUCUCGAUAAAGAUAACAAUAGUAUUUCUCAUAAAAGAAAAAUUCAUGAAGAAGAAGAUGUUUUUCUAAUGCGCUGUGCUUUUUUGAGAAACAGUUAUAUAACAGACUCGGAACUGCCAAAGACUAGAUUACUUAAGUGGACUAAGGAAAAUCGUAAGAAAAUGCCAGUAUAUAAUACUCGGCAGGAGAGUAAACUCUUUUGUUCCGUUGUUACUGUCGAUGGCAGAAAAUAUGGCUCCUCUUUCUGGGAAAAAAACAAAAAAUGGGCCGAACAAGGUGCUGCUCUGGUAUGUCUCUAUUUUUUAGGAAUUAUCGAUGAGAAAAGUCUUACCACUUGUAAUAUUCUUUUAUAAUAUU